GUUAAUUGUUGGAUUAUUCGUUAUUGAUAAUGAAUUAUAUUUUGAAUUUUAGUUCAAGGAUAUUAAAUUUAAAAUUACACUCUCUGAAGACAUAUUUUUAUUCAGAAGGCUAUGGCUGGCUACUCGAAAUGAAAAAGUGAGGUUAUGUUUACUGUUUACUUUUUUCAGCUUCAAACUUCAAAUUACUUUUAAAUAUUGUACUUGGCUAAAUAAAUCAACUAAAUAUCAUUCUUUAAAAUGUCAGAAGAUAAUAAAAAAGAAACUCCAAAACCUGCUGUCGCAAGAACUGCCACCGAACUUCAGAGAAUGAAACUUGAAAAACUAAUGAAAAAUCCUGAUAAACUAGUAAUCAUUCCAGAACGUUCUAAAGAGAAGAAAAGUCCCCAUGUUCCCGAAUUCGUGAGGAACGUAAUGGGUUCCAGUGCCGGAGCCGGGAGUGGGGAGUUCCAUGUAUAUAGACACCUGAGGAGAAAGGAGUAUUCACGCCAAAAAUUCAUUCAAGAAAAAGCUGAAAAGGAGCUGCUAGAGGAAGCUUACCAUCAGAAAAUUUUGGAAAACAAACUGGCAAGUGAAGAGAAAACUGCUAAAAAGAGAGCGAAGAGGCAGAAAAAUAAAGCGAAAAAGAAACAAAAGAGAUUGGAAAAUAAAUUGAAAGGUAAAAGUGAUAAAAGCGAAUCAGAAUCACAGAGUGAAAGUGAAAAAGACGAUUAAAUUUUUGUUAAUUUAUUGUGAUAUUUUUCAAUCUAGGACCUGAUUCAUAAAAGAACUAAUGUACAUACAUCAUAUAGAUAUAAGGCUCCCUACUCUAGACAUAAAUAUUACGGCUGGGGUGUGGUUUACUAACUUAAAUCGUACCAGCAUUCCUCUUAAAUUCAAAUUCACUUAUUUGCCCUAAAAUUAUAUACAAUGUUUAUGUAAAAAAUAAAUGUUUCCCAUCCAAUCAAUAGUGGCAGCCUUAGUUGAAUCUAUAGCCAUGCGAUAACUUUAUACAGAGUGUUUCAGAAGUAGUGUCGAACAUUUUAGGGUAUUGUCAUAGCCACCUCUAAUACAAGGCCCCGGCCUACGAUAUUGCAACGUCACAGCGUAGGCCUAGAAUCCAAUACAUGAUUGGUUAAAAAGAUCAGCUGGUAUUUUUUUAAAAAUAUUUUUCACCAAUCAUGUAUUAGAUUCUAGGCCUACACUGCAACGUUGCAAUGUCGUAGGCCGGGGCCUUGUAUUAGAGGUGGCUAUGGUAUUGUUCCUGGAUGAUAGGAAACUACAAUGUCGUAUUUCAAGUGCCCAGUGAGAUAAAAAUUCCUAAGUGAAAAAAACAAAAUGGCAGCCAUAAGGAUAACCACUGAAUUUUGGACACUUAAAAUACGGCAUUUGUAGUCUCUUAUCAUCCCGGAACAAUACACUAAAAUGUUCAACAUUACUUACUUCUGAAACACUCUGUUUAGGCCUAUGUCUAGAGUAUGGUGUCUUUUUUUUCUUUAUCAAGUGACUCGAUCAUACAGUUUAUAAUAUAGUGUAAAUAAUAUUUGGAGUAUAUAAUGUUGGUGACAAGUAAUUUAUUCUCAUGAUACUGUACUGUACAUCUAAUUAUCAUAAUUGAAAGUGUAAUUAUUAUACUUGUAAUUUCUCUAAUAAUAGUUCAUUGAAAUCAAUAUUGAUGCAAUGUGUAAUAAAUUGAUUUAAAGCA